AUGUCGAAGUUUACAAGACUAUAUCUAAGGGCUCCGCGACCACAGAAUUUAUUUGGCCUAGUGAGCCUUCAGACUGGAACGGAACUUAUCUCAUUGGCGCUGGUUUUCAACAAGGUCUCGGGAGUUUAUGGACUGUUGGCGAUUUUGACGGGUUACCAGCUAUCUUUACUCCAACUGUCGACGUAUGUGUACUCGAUCGGUGUCCUGGGACUGCUCGUGUAUCUAAUUCCCCAUAUCCGACGACAGAGUCCUUUCGAAUGCUUGGCAUUAGCAUGGUUAUACAUUCUCGACACGACGAUAAACGGAGCUUAUACGGCCGCGUUUGGGCUUGACUGGUAUUUUGCGAACACUACAAACAACGGAUCGGAUUCGGCAUCUACAUCUCUCCCAGGCAUUGUUGCACAAGGGUUUGACGGCCUUCGGCGAGAGCGCGCUGUUCACGGCAAGGCUGUACCUCAGGAGACGGCUACUAGCAUGGUAUUGAUUGUGGGACUUACCCUCAUUCGAGUGUACUUCAGCCUUGUGGUGAUGGCAUUUGCACGCCAAGUAUUGCAAAAAUACAUGCAAUUGAUGAUCCUUGAAGGACCCGGUGUGGAUGAGAACGAAGGACCCUUCGCUGCUGACCUUCCAGACGGUGACGGUCGAAAAGGACGACUGGGCAGACUCAUGGUGUCUUUGGGCAAGCGGUACUGGUUGGAUAUUCCGGGUUCUGAGAACUGGGAGAGGAGUGUACACGGAAAACCGCAUACUAGUAACGGUACUCUAGCGGGGCAAGUGUAA